GAGUUCAAGGACACGCUGAAAGGCACUCUGAGUUACGACAGAUUCACUGAGACUUUAAGGACUGAAUACAGCUUCCUUCCACACUGAGGUAGUCUAUCCACCUCGGCGCAGAGUUGAAUAACACAUACCCUGCGAUUUAGGAAACUGAAGACAUCUUACAUCCAUGUUGAGGCUACAUCUCGGUAUGUCUAACAAAGCGAGGAGGCUGCUGGUUCUUCUGCUGAUCAUCCUGGAGGAAGCUGGACCGACUAAAGCACAAGACUGCAGCAGCAGCUGUUCAUCACGAUGUAUCUGCAGCAGCAGAGGCCUCAGUAGUGUUCCUCAGGACCUGCCUACAAGCAUCACUCGCCUUAACUUAGAAGACAACGUCAUUACAAACUUAAGUCAGUCUGAUUUCUUAAGGUACAGGAGCUUGACAGGAUUAGAUCUUGGUUCCAAUCAGAUCUCCAUGAUCCAGAACAAAACAUUCCUCAACUUAACAAACCUAACUAAACUGUACCUUAUUGACAACCAAUUAAAUACUCUCCCAGCUGACAUAUUUGCUGGACUUGGUAAUCUGCAGAACUUAAAUCUUUACAUGAACCAGUUAACUAGACUGCCAACUGGCAUAUUCGCAGGACUUGGUAAUCUGCGGCGAUUGAAUCUUCACUUUAACCAGUUGACCAAUCUGACAGCUGACACAUUUGCAGGACUUCACAACCUGCGGAACUUAGGUCUUAACAGUAACCAGUUAACUAGCCUCCCAGAUGACAUAUUUGCUGGACUUAAUGACUUGCAGCAGUUGUGGCUUCAUCAGAACAAGUUAUCUAAUCUCCCAGCUGACAUAUUUGAGGGACUCGGUCAUCUGAAGACAUUGUGGCUUAACAGUAAUGAGCUAGCUGCUCUUCCAGCUGACAUAUUUGUGGGCCUGGGUAACCUUGAAAGCCUGGAUCUCUCGUCAAACCAGUUAACUACUAUCUCAGCGGGCAUAUUUGCGGGACUUAGUAAUCUACAGAUCUUGGACCUUCACUCAAACCAGUUACGUACUCUCCGACCUGACAUAUUUGUGGGACUGAGUAAUCUGCAAGUGUUGUCCCUUUCGCGGAACCAGUUAACUACUCUCCCGGCGGACGCCUUUGUGGGGCUCGGUAACCUGGGGGAGCUGUAUCUUUCCGGGAACCAUUUUGAGACAAUGCCCCCUAUGGCAUAUGACAUUCUGGCUUCCAUUCUUCAUGUUAGGAUUGACAACAAUCCCUGGCAGUGUGACUGUAGGAUGCUUCCCUUUAGGCAGAGGAUGAAAGGGGCUUACCUAUAUGAAGCCAAGAUCUUAUGCGCUGGGCCUGGUAAUCUUACAGGGCAAAGCUUACGGAAUGUUAAUCCUGAUGACCUGAACUGUAACGAUACAGUCAGUACUGACUCUCCUUUCGUCACUCAACCGACAGAUACAGAAAGUAAUGCUGGCCCUGCUGGCAGUGGCAUCACCAUUCUUGCUACGCUGUGCGUUUUUAUUGGACUCUUCAUUAAUCCAAUAUUGCCUUGGCAGUAGCACGGGCGCACGUGUAUUAGGCUUAGGUCACAUUUUUCAAACCGGGGCCCGGCCGGGCAGUUUUCGGGUGCCAAAGAAUAACAUAAAAUGCAUCGAAAUACGCAAAAUGUUAAAAUAAGAUUCACGGGCAUAAUUUGUGUAUAUUUCUAGGUAUACAUCGUAAUUUGUCGUUUCUUAAAACAUCCCGGCCGGGCCCCGGUUUUGAAAUGUGACCUAUUCCUAAGCGGAACACAAAUACCACAUACAGGCGUGUCCAGUGGUAAUAACCAGAUAAGGCUUCACACACAGUUACAAAAAACGCAGAUAUCCUUGACAAAGUCAACCCUAAACAUCACAUCCUGGUACAGAAGAGAGUCAGUGUAUCUACACUGAGUGCCCUUGAAUAGGAGUCCCGACACCUCUAACCAGUAAAGAAUAACAAGUCGAAGGUUUAAUAUUAUGGACGAUUACAGAGUACUGUAAAUGUAUUUAAGU